UGAGUGAGCAGGCUCCACUUUCUUGCUCAUGGACACUUUAGCAGCAGCACUUUCUGCGUCUGUAAAGGAGCGGUCGAGAUUUUGAGCCGUGACGUAUUUACCAACAGGGACACGCGAGUUUUCACACCGGUGCUCCAUCUGCUCGAGGGCGACUAUUUGGGGAGAUAAACUGCGCCUCGCUCUCGAGCCGCUCUGACCGUUUUCCCUCCGUCACCACGCGCACUUGACAACAAGCUCACCUUCCAGCAGCUCAGUCCACCUCUGUCCAGCAGGAGAGGAAAAGCGGGAGUUUGUUCUCCAUCUUUACUUUCAUCAAGACUGUGAAUAACUUCGACUCUUUGGGAAGUUUUUGGGGAACGUUUUCCAACAUUAAAAAGUGAGAUUUCACCCGAAGCUGAGGGCGUAAAAGAUGCUGGAUUGCUGCAAAAAGAAUCCAAUGUCAUGGUUCUUUGGAUGCCUGGCUUGUCUAUUGGUGACCUCUGUGGUCAAUGCAGACGGUAAGUCAGUAUUUAUCUAUUUUAACGAGAUGAUUUAUUAUAAAUGGGAAAACUAAACUACAUUUUCCCCAAAGUAUGAAAAUUAUGGAAGGACAAUUGAGAAUCAUUUUUAUGAUGCACUUUGGUACGAACCAAGCGCGCGCAGACAAUUGGCACUUGAACUGUAAUAUUUGUACCCUUGAAGAGCACGAUCUGUUUGUUGACCAUAACAUUUUGCAUCUAUACAGGCCUAUCUAUACUUCUAUGUACAGCCACACACUUUAGUUAAGCUGUGCGUAAUGGUUGUGCGUGAUUGAUCACUCUUGUGGCAACUUAUACAUCAAGUCGUGGAAAAACCAGACGCUGACAAAUGUCCCCUGAGCUCAUAGGAUAUUUAUACACCUUUUGUCAGUAGCUGAGGUUUAAUAUCUUCUGUGGAAACUAAUAGCAUUUAAUCUCAUACGUGUGAAACGCAUAAUUUGAUAGAUUAGUCAUUUAUAUCUGCUAUUUCUGUAUCUAAAAUACAAAUUGAUGCAUUGCUACUUUACCAUAGCCCAUGCAUGAGCUGCUUUACUGUUUUAAACUAUGUCAAAGUGUGGUGCCACUGUGGAAAUAGGGGAUUUUAAUUCAACCAGUAAAUGUAAAAUGAUACUUUGUGUUAAAUCUAUGUGGAGCAAGGUAUGAUGUACAUAUUUACUUACCAACCUGUUGCAUAAAAAUAAUGUUAAAUGCUGCUCCCAUGGGAUUCAUUUCACACAAGUGCAACUAAACUGGAUGUUGUUGUUUGUCUUCAACAAAUGCAUGUGUCGAUGUGACACUGACAUAAGAAGUAAAUUCACACAUCUUUUCAGAAUAAGGGAACAGUGUACAUUAAUCAAAUAACAAAUAUACAAAAGUGCCACAGUCACCUAUAUAACUAGUAAUAAGUAAAAUAUAAUACACAGAACAACAGGGCUACACCCAGAAGCACAAUCCUAAAAUGUUUUGCAGCACUUCUAAUUUUUUCCUUUAUUCAUUUUGCAAAUUAAAGGUUAACAGCCGGUGAUCAGGUGUGUCUCUUCUCUUCAGGUCGAGUGUUUGUGGUGAGCCUGAGGAACUCCUCUCACCUGGAUGGCUUCAGAGAAGCUGAGCGGGCUUGUGCCUCCCACCAGGCCCGUUUAGCAUCCGCACAUGAGCUCCAUCACGCAGUGUCGGAGUGCUUCUUCUCCUCCUGCACCCGAGGGUGGCUCUACGGAGGCUCAGUGGGGUAAGAAAUACUGAAACAGUCUAACAGUGCAUGAGGGUCUUUGAUAGAAUGAGACACAUGUAGGGAAAAUUGACUUUUUUUGAAGAGGUCAAAGGUCAUCUUGGUGAGGGGGAUGAAAGAGAAAGGAAGUGAAGGCAGCAGCGGCAGCUAUAAAGAGAGCGUGAGGAUAGAGGAAGAGGGUGACACAUUUCAGGGAGGAAAGAGAUGGAGAAAGAAAGAAGAGGAGAGAGAAAGACUCCUCUGUUCCUUCCUGGAGGAGGAGGGAAUUCUGAGCUGGGGUGUCAUGUCGACAACUGCCUCCAUUUACACCUCUCAUCUCCACGGUAACAUGACACAUAGCCUUCAGCAUCCACAGACAGAAACAGACAGACGGGCCUGACAGAAAGUACUCCUUUAUAUUCAGGUGUUUGAUUGACAACCUGUAUCUGCAGCAGUUAAAGCGGAGAAUAGGAGGAAAGUGUGUGCAGCUUUAAAAUGAGGUGAUGUCAAGCCUGUAGGGAGCAAGUGUCGAAUUUUAGGUGUGUUUGUGCUUUCAGGGGUUAGUUCAAAAACUGGAGUCAAAGUUUCCAAAACUGGGAGGCUGUUGCUGAUAUUUACUUAUCCUGAGUAAUUUCUUAACUGUGUCAGUUUUUUCCCUUCUCAUUCACUGUAAAAUAAUUGUCCAUGUUAAAACAAGACAGCUAGACUCGGCUUACAUGAAAAUUCUUCAAAUAUUACAUCAUAUAUCUGAGAUAAUGGUUGAGAUUAUGAAGUGAAACGUCAACAAUAUCAGAGUCAAGAUUAUGAAUUUCUAUCUCAUGGCCUGUUUCUCAUAACUCACUAUUUUAUAAUUUCAAUUAAUUAUCUGAUCAUUUUGAUUUAUAACCUCACAGUUUGACUUACUUAACAUAACUAUGGCUUCAUCUUAUAGUUUUGAUAAUCUAUUUCAUAAUUUGACUUAUUGUCUCAUAAUUUAAACUUCUUAUCAAUUCAAUCAAACAUGUUGUAGUAAAAUUACUUAUCCUUGGACUUCAGUAUACCAUGAAACUUUAAGUUUAAAUCAUCAGCUCUUUGGUUAAAGAUGUGAAGAUAUUCGAAACGUUUCUUUAUUAGUUUGAGAUCAACACAGUUAUAGAGCAAAGCACCAACAUGCCUGAUGAUGCUGAUCCCAGUACAAUAGAUAAAGUACUGUCUAUCAUUUAAUCACUUUGAAAAUAAUAAUGCUUUAUUUGCUUGAAAACAUAUCCUCCAAAGUCCUUUGUCAGAAGUAUAGAUGCUAAUAAAGAGCCCGCUACAAAAUGGCGGCUGGUCUGACAAUGUCGAACUUAAACACUCAGUGGACUUUAGCUUUCACACCCUCCUACCAUGUUUCACAGUGUAUCACUCAGCUACAGCUCUGUCUGUUCCAGCUGUGUUACAUCUCCAACCUUUCCCACCCUGACUCGUUCUCUGACUGUGUUGUGGAGAAAAUGGAGGUGAAGUUAGCAAAGACGUUCGCUCUCUCUCUGUCUGGUUUGGUCUUGAUCCUCUUUGAGGUCUUUUAAAUUUAACUUGUGAUUCUUUUUGUGAUCCUUUGGUUAAAAUAUUAGAAUAAAAAUGAAAAAUAAGAAAAUGAUUUCUGCAUUAAGUCACUGAGGUUAAGAGUGCCAUGCAAUGGUCAGGUAACAAUGAGAGCGCCUCCUCCUUGAUCAAAUAUGAAGAUACUUCAGACGUCCUGGUGGGCUAAUAAAACCUAUGUUAUGAAAUCAAAUGGCUCGUAAAAGUUCAAAUACGAGCUCACAAACACAGCCCACCUUAAUGUAACAAACUGUAACUUAACAUACCGAGAUGUAACGCAAUGUAAUGUAACAUAAAGUAACUUAGCGUAACGUAAAGUUACUUAGCGUGAAGUAACAUAACGUAAAGUAGCAAAACAUAGUACAAUGUAACAUAACCUACGUGCAAUUUCUUUUCAUGUUUUUUGUGUAUAUAUAUAAUUAUAUAAAUUAUAUAAAUUAUAUAUAUAUAUAUAUAUAUAUAUAAUUUAGAAUGAGGUUUCUUGUCAUAGGACGGCAAAGAAAACAUAGCAUUUUGUGAUCAUGGCAUUGAAACUUCUGCAGAAAAAAAAUCACACUAUAUGUUGCUUCCAGUGUAAAAUCAUGUGGCCAUGAGUGAAGGUUCAGUGACCUUGAAUUUUUCUUUCUUACAUGUCAUAAAAUAGCUAAACCAACAUCAGAGCUUGGCAGAAUAAACAGCAAAAGACAAAAAGAAAUAUUAACUUUGUUUUCCAAUUGGACCAAUAUUAACUUAACAUAUUUCACAACAUACAACACAAAAGUACCAAAGUAACAAAUAGAAAUUAUUUAACAUGUAAUAAAAAUAGCCAGGCCUUGCUGCCACUUUGGAUUGUGGCUAAACUCUUUAUUUUACUUUAUAUUGUGUGCCUAGUCAAAACUGCGUAUGUGAAGGGUUCUGAUUUGAACUUUUUAACAUGUUUAUUUAUCCCUGUGUCUUGUUUCUAUGUAUACUUAUUUCCCUUCGUAUGCACUUUCUCGUAAAUUGAAUUUUCCUUUUUAUUUAAUCUCUUAAUUAAUCUUUUUUCACUCAAACUUUGUUCCCUGUCUCUGUCUCUAACUUUUGCCUCACCUCUUCAACCCUGUGUAUUGGAGGAUUUCAUGCUUUUAAGAGCAGAAAACUGCCUCUGAGGAUUUCAUCUGCUCCUUGGAUGAUAAUUAAAAUAACUUUGUUUACAUUGUGUGCUAUUUACUAUGAAUAAUAAAAGCAGGCUCUAAAAGCAGGAUAAUUGGGGUGAUGUCAUCUAUGAAAACAGGUCAGAGGGCAAACUGCAGUUAGCUUAACUAUUCUGAGGCAAGAUAUGCGUUUUAUUUUAGAAAGGAGGAGAAGUUCAGCCAGUGGAGAACUUUUUCAGGUCAGAAUAAUAGAUACUUUUUCCUCUUAGUGUCAAUAGCUCCUACAUAGUGUAUAAAUCUGUUUUUACAUGGUUUCCCAAAGGUAAGGCUCUGACAUUACAGGGCAAGAAUUGCAUUGACGUAACAUUGAGAACUGUUGCGUAAUAACAAGUACUUCUCAGAAUGGCUCCGCUACCUUAACGUCUUCCUCUUACCUGUCAAUCAUACAUCUGCUGCCACAGUAACCAAACACAAUAAUACUAGCAGACUGAAUUAACACCCAGGUCCAUAAAGCACAUAUUUUCCCUCUUAUAGCUGUGUCAUGUAAGGUGAGGAGUUUAAGGAACUGUACAAAUCAGAGGUCACUGACAUGAGCUGGAGUAUAAUGUGAAAACAGCGCUUGUGCUUUUUGUCUCCCUAACAGUGUUUUCUUGGCAGUUUCUGUCUCGCUCCCCGUUUUUCACUCUUUCCUACUUUUGUCCUUAUAAGCUGAAGUUAGCAUGGCACAAGCAUGCAGCAUGACUCACACCACUUCUCACAGUCCUGCAGGGCUGCCAGUCAGAAAUUCUUUCCAAUUACCGAUGCUUUGAUUAACUCAGAGACACAAGUUUACAUAGUCACAGACACAUACAUGCAGACGCCCAAGCCUUUGCCAAACCCUUAGUGAUAUUUGAUCACCAAUCAGUCCUUUUAAAAAGAAAAGAAGUGUGAUACGUCUGACUUUUUAAACAUUUCUGUACUCAAUCAAACUGUAAUGUGUCAGGAGCUGCUAUGGGAACGUGGUUUGAUUGGCCUGGGAAGUCUGACUCAGUCUUAUCGCUGCUUUUGUUUGACAAAUAGCCUAAUGAUGCUAUAAACCUUAAUGUUGCGACAAAAAUAGAGUAUUUACUCAGCAUUUUUUGCCACUGCAGCUUGAAGGCAUUACUCAUUUGGUCCCUGUAGACUGUGCUUUAUAUUUAGACCCUUGUGUUAUCAUUGUUCUAUAUGAAACUGGCUGUAACUCAAGGCUCCAGCAUGGGAACAUGGACUUGUAAUGCACCCCAGUGUGAUAAUACUGUGCCACAGGCUACAAGUGCUGAUACUGCAGCAUGUCUGUGCAGUGAUAACUGAUCCUGGAGCCUGAUGUCAUGGCUUGAGAAUAUUAAGAUAAGCAACAAAUCAAUGCCUAAGAGAGCCCAGAGUUCUGUAUUCACUUCUGUAUGUGUGAUGUAGUGUUACCCAUGUGCACACUGGGCACGGGCUGGCCUGAGACUCUGACAGUAUGAUAAUGUAAAGGUCUGGUAUCCAUGAAACUGCUAACUGGCUCAUGCAAAGCAUAUAAACCAGUCCACUUGGGCCCCAAGAGUGUCACAAGAUAAAUCUUAGUGAUUAUAAGACAAUCAGUGGCAAAUUAAAAUAGAUUCUAUGAACAUUUUUGGAUUUAUGUUGCAGUUGUUCCUCUUAUUUUGUAAAACAAACCAAAAAAUAUCCUUAUCUCUCUCUGCUUGUGGUUGAGAUAACUGAAGUAACGCAAAGUUUGCUCCGUAGAGCAACACCCGAGUCACUUUAACUUUCCACUUCUUGAUUCAAUGUUCGAAAUGUGUACAUGAGGGAGCACUUAAUGUUUCUGUUUAUGUAUGAAUGCUAAGAAUAGCUUUAGACGGUUCCCUAGUGGUGCUUACAUGCUUUACUGUCUGCCUUUUUUUUUCCAAGUUGGAUCUUAUCAGUUUAAUUUGACACCAUCUCUCUUCUUAUACAUUAAUCUCUAGGACCACAGUGUGUAACGUUGUGGGUGGUGCCCUCAAGGCAGUGGAUGUGAGAACAGAAAAUGCCACAGAGGAUGGCGCGCACCUCAAUGCCUUCUGCAUUGAAGACAGAGGUCAGUAAACUCAAAUUUAUGUGCACUCAAAAUUCAUAAAUGCAUACAAACAGUUGUGAGCUGGGAUAUGGGUGGAUUAUUUUUGUGUAUAUGUGACAGUGCAUACACUUUACCUCUAUAUCUAGUGGUUUUAGUGUUCAUAUUUGUCUAAAGUAAAUUCACACCCUCUUCAAACCCCACUUCUUCACAUCCCUUGGGUGUGUCUUAUCUCUUUCUGUGAAGCUGAAUAAUAAUAAUUACUCUUUCAGGUUAAAUGUGUGUUUUUGUUCAAUAGGUGUACCUUGUGGUGACCCUCCAUCCUUUCCUAACGCCCGUCUGCAGGGGCACAGUGGGUAUGAGAUGGGGGAUGAGCUGCUCUAUACCUGUGUGCCAGGUUACUUGAUGCCCAGUGGGCACAAGGCCUUUAGCCUGCUGUGCGACAGCUGUGGAGAGUGGUACGGACUGGUGGAGAUUUGUGUCAAAGGUAAGAAGCUCUCCUAACAGAUUUUGUGACUAGAAAAGCCAAAUUCCUUUUUUCACGCCCUCUUCAAAGCUUUGACCUUUGACCCAGACAGGAGACCACUCUUAGCUUGACCUUCCUGACUCUUUCUUGUUAGCCCUCAUUGUUGUUAGGUGACCGGUUCUUGAUUCCUGGCUUUGGAAAACAGAGCCUCAGUUGUCAGUGGGGAUGAAAAUGGCUGCUAUCACACCUCAGUGAGACAUGCCAGCAAGCAGCCUGCUUCACAGCUCAGGGGGGACAAGGGCAAGAGCUGUCUAUGAAGUCAGUAUGCUCGGCCUGUGUCCAUAGUUAGCUAAUCGAGCGGUGGCAAGAUGAACUAGAGGGGUCAAAAGAUGAUGUAAAGAGACAAUGAACAAAACUGACUAUUUUCCCCUUAUAUUAACACAUAUUUUUGAGGCUAUAUCACAGAAGUGGUUGCCAGGUCUUUUGACACACUCCCCACAUAGAGGUUGAGAAAAACCUGUUCCUCUUUGUGUUUCUGCAGAUGAGACCGAAGGACACAUAGACUAUGAGGACAAGUUCACCGACUCAUAUGAAGAGUCACAGCACCAGAAUGAGAGACCAGCGGAGGCUCAUGGUGAGGUCCACGAGGAGGUACACGGAGCUGCAAACCUAAGUCAGACACAACAAGAAACAAGCUACGAUAUUGAAUCGGAGGAGGAGCACCAAGACCGACGUGGAAAGCAUGAGGUGGAAGGAGAGGUGAUUGGUAUUCAGUUUGAAGGAGGAGAGAAAGAUGAGGAACGGCCUGUUGAGGACUUCAUAGGCCAUCCAGGGUGGGAGGAAGAGAGAAGGGAGGUGGUCACCACUGAUGCCACUCAAGCACCCGUGUCCCUCCUCUCCCAAAAACACCUGUUCUGGUUCCCUUCUGAGGCAUUUGAGGAAGAGGGCCAUCCUGUCUCCACUAAUCCUUCCACACAGAGCACACAGAAAGCGUCAGGCGGCCAAUCAGAGGAGAGCAAAGAACAGGAGAGCCAAGAGGGGAAGGACCAUCUCCAGCAUCCUGUUGAUGAUCAUGAGGAUGUAUUAGAUGAUGGAGAUGAUCAUAAUGACAGCAUCCACCAUGACAAGGAUGCCAAUGAAGACAGCCGACAUGAUGAUCAAGAUGACCCUGAUAGCCACCAGGAGGAAGACAAUCGUGAUGAUCAUGUGAAACAUUACAUUCCAGCUCAGCAUGAUCGAAAGGACCGAACAGAUGAUCGUGAUGAUCAUUAUGAUAUGGGUGAACACGAAGAUGAACGAGAUCGCAUCCACUACGGUGCCCAGGAGUAUGAUGACCGAGAUGAUACGUACGAUGAACAUGAGAGUUACGAGGAUCAUGAGGAUCUGACUGAUGAUCACGACAAAGACGAUCAAGAGCAUCUUGGUGGCUCAGAGGAACACCCAGACCGUGACGAUCAUGAUGAUGACCAGCACAAGGAGCAUUACGACCUGGAGGAUGAUGACCGUGGUCACGAACAUGAUGACCAUGACAGUUAUGAUGAUCAUGAUAGCCAUGAAGGUUUUGAUGAUGGUCACCAGCAUGUUAUCAUCUCUGUCGCAAAAGAUGAUCGACAGAACAUCACCCAGAAGGCAACAGGGGGAAAGGCGACUACAGAUGACACCUGGCUGGAUGGCUACCCUGUGGUUCAAGUGGAGACAGAAAAAGACGAUUCCACGACAGAAAGACUAAGACCAGAAGACGAAGAGAAAGGAACAGUCAUCAAGACAUCAGACAAACCAAACGAGGUGGAAUUCGGUAGACCUGUCCCUUACACAAACCUACCAGAAAUAUCUGAGUCCCCCACUGACCCAUCCGUAGAGCAAACAGGUAUUGAGGAGAUGCAGCCUGGCUUCAGCCCCAGCCCUGCACCCUCAAAGCCUUCUGACUCCCCUUCAUACCCCGACACCCAGGACUACGACACACAACAAGUGGCUCCCACCCACUCAUGGCUUGGCAACCCCACUGAACAUCCCUAUCUUGAUCAAGACCAGCAUCCCCCUAUGCAGGACAAUGACAUCCUUAGUGGAGUGAUAGAGGAGCACACUUUGCAAGACCUUCCUGGUGAGGCCGGCGAGAGGGGUGAGAUGGAAGGGGAGAUAGGGGAGGCAAUGUGUCCAGGGGAGAACUGCACUUCUCCGCCCCCAAGCUCCUCCAACCGAGGGCCUACGGUGGCAGCCAUAAUUGCGAUAGUGUGUAUGGUUGCUGCAGCGGUCAUCAUCGGGGUGUGGUGUUAUAGACGGCAACAGCAGAAGAGCUCCAUGUAUGAGAUGAACGGGAAGGGCCAGAGUCAGAGCAGGCAGGGCCAACACAUAGAGAUGCAGCAAAAAGUGUAA